AGAAAAUUUCCGACGAAUCCAACGCGUCAAAAAUUCUAUUCCCUAUUCCUAUUGCCUGUUGCCCGACAUUGUGCGAUAGGCUUUACGUGAUCCGAGGAUGGGAUGGGAUCAGCUGAUUCUCCAAGCCUCUCCGAUUGGCUGCAACGCGUCACGUGGUCCAUGCGUGCGUUUGUUUAAAAUAAGUUUGAAAGUUGUCCCGCCAUGUUGUGUAAACGUACGCGCGCGGCGACCGAGCGUUGACGAGAAGUGACAUUCCGUCGUGACCACGGACGAACCGCCCGACAAUGGCCGGGAAUGAUACGUUGAACGUAGAUGAGGAAUUGAAAUCCGAGAGGACCGUCCGCAAGCGGAGAUCGUUGAUCUUCCAAGCGCGUGCCAAGACGUGCGAACGGAAUGAAGGUGAAGUUACAAUCAACGAGAGCGAUCCUACCUCGAAGGAUGAGGACGAGCGCGAUGCAAAGGACGGUGCCGAGGUUUUCAAUAUGACGGAAUACUUGGAGAAGCUCAGGCAGGAGCGAAAGGACUGGCAAGAGGAGUAUAGGAAUCGCAAGGCUCAACGGAGAAACCUGGCCAAGCAGAAAGCAAGCGUGGAGAGACUAGGGCAGGUUGUCGAUAUAGACGCGGUGGAAGAAGACGCGAGAGAUUUUAUCUCGAUGCGUCCCAAUUACGAACAAAUUAGCGAGAACAGAGAGAAGAUGUUGGACUUGAUGGUGAAGAUAUAUACGUUCCAUCGACUCACAAAAAAGUUGAACCAGCGAUUCACGGAGAGAAUAGAAAGGAGUAUAUCCAAGGCCACUGGAAACAUGAUCAAACAUUCGGAGCAGUGAGGAUGCACAUGUUUCUAAGUAUAUUGUUUAUUCUUCUAAUUCUACAAAUGUACAGGCGAUAGGAGCAUAAUAAAGGUAUAAAUAACACUUAAA